GCAGGACAUCGAUCGCUGCUCGCACCCGGCGGGCGCCCUGGCGGCGGCCGGAGCCUGCCUUCGGUGCUGCCUCCGCUCUGCCUUCGCUCUGCCUUCGCUCUGCCUUCUCGGCGUCUGUCCCGCCACCCCGUCCCGCUGCCUCCAUGACCCGCAGUAGGAAGCAGGCGGCGCUGGAGAGAGGAGCCGGGAAGAUGAACACAGAGGCGGGGAGCGCCGCGGCGGCGGCCGCGGGAGCCCGAGCGGCGACGCCGGCAGGGGCAGCCGGCGGCGAACCGGCGGCCGCCGCCUGGGGGCUGGAGGGGGAGGCGGAGAAAGUUGUGUACUCGCGCUCGCAGGUCUCCUUCGCCGGCACCAAGGCGCUGGGCGACGCCCUCAGGCUCUUCAUGCCCAAGUCCACGGAGUUCAUGAGCUCCGACUCGGAGCUGUGGAACUUCCUCUGCAGCCUCAAGCACGAGUUCUCCCCGGUCAUCCUCCGCAGCAAGGACGUCUACGGAUACUCCUCCUGCCGCGCCGUCGUCCCUGACCCGCCGCCGCCCUCGGAGCGGCCCCGCCGCCGCGCCGGCAAGCGGCGCCUCCCGGCCGCCGACGCCAAGCGCCGGGCCGGGGCGGCGGGCGGCAGCGCCAAGCGGCGGCGGCGGCGGCGGCGCCGCAGGAGGGAGCGGGGCAGGCAGCGGCCCGCGGCCGGUGGCCCCCGCGGCCAGGAGGAGGCGGCGGCGGAGGCGCCUGAGCCGCCGGGCCAGCAGGCGGACAGCGAGCAGGGCAGCCCGGCGGCGGCCGCCUGGGAGCCGUUCGGCGGCAAGUCGCUGGAGGAGAUCUGGAAGGCGGCCACCCCUCGCCUCACCACGUUCCCCACCAUCCGUGUGCGGGGCAGCAUGUGGAGCCGGCGGAGCCUGGCGGCGGCGCGGCGGCGGGCGCAGCGGAUCCUCGGCGUGGACCUGUCCCCCGUGGUGCGGGUGCGCCGCUUCCCCGUGGCACCGUCCUGAGCCCGCGGGGGCUCCGCUCCCCGCGCCUCACCUUGGCCGCGGUGCGGACAAAGAGACCGGUAUCAGUCACCUGUUUACAUUGCUUUUGUCUGGAUCGUGUUCUGCUGCUGCACUUUAUGGGCCGCUCGGGCGGCGCCGGGCCCCCCGCCG